CCUGCAGGUCUCUGCAAACCCCCCCACCCCCCCCGAAGAAAUCACUGAAAAAGAAGGAAAUGGGUCGGAGUCCUCGGUUCACGCAGGAUGGACUAAAUAAGGGAGCUUGGACUGCUCAUGAGGACACGAUCCUCACGGAUUAUGUCAAGGUUCAUGGCGAAGGAAAAUGGAGCAACGUGGCAAAAAAAACUGGUCUUAAGAGAUGUGGAAAGAGUUGUAGGCUCCGGUGGAUGAACUACCUGAGGCCUGAUAUAAAGAGAGGCAACAUUUCGCAUGAUGAAGAAGAAUUAAUCAUUAGACUCCAUAAGCUCUUAGGCAACAGAUGGUCCCUCAUAGCGGGAAGACUUCCAGGGAGAACGGACAAUGAAAUCAAGAAUUACUGGAAUACAACCUUGGCCAAAAAAGAAAAAGACUUUGAAUUGAAAGUAUCCAGGCCAAUCGUCAACAACAAUUAUGUUGGUAGCGAUGAUGCUUUGCAGACGGAAAAGGUCGUUGUGACAACAGUUUACCAGCCCCACCGAACCAAGUGCAGCAGCACUAAUUUUGUCUCAAUGGGACCAUCUUCCAAGAACUUGAAAAUGGAAUUCCAUAAGUCGCCGUCGUCCUUGUCCAAAGAAGAUGAUCAUAACAACGCGGGGGAUUUCAUGAUGGACUUCAACGUUGAGGAUAUCUGCAAGUUUUUGGACAUAAACGAUGACAAAGUUAGAGGGGACGGGGGCGGAGGCGGAGACGGAGACGACGACUCAUCUUUUCUCGUAAAGUUGGAGGCGGAUAUAGCAUCCUCCUCGGAAUUCCUGUCGCUGGCGUCGUUCCUUGAAUCGGCUGAGGAAUGGCCGGGAGAUGAACUGAAUAUCAGUACUCAACCCGGACGGAAAUGAAAAAUUUUUUAGUGAAUAAUAAUAAUAAUAAUAAUAAUAAUAAUAAUAAUAAUAAUAAUGUCCUGCUCAGCCAAAAAAAAAAAUAAAAAAUAAAAAGAUAAUGUCCCGCUUUGCAUCUCUCUGAUUUUGUCAAUAAAAUUUCGAAUUUUCC